AGGAGGAGGAAGAAGAGGAGGAGGGAGCAGCAGCUCCAGGAGUGAGAGGGCAGGAGCCAGCUCAGCAAGAAAACUUCUCCAGGAAAGAGCUCCGCGGUUGAGCCUCAUUUCUGCUCAACCCACGAGGCAGAGCCACGCAGAGGUCCCAGGCGCCUCCCUUGAUCCCGGCUGCCGCAGUGGCUCUGCCUUCCUCCCUCCUUCCUUUCCUCCCUUCCUUCCUUAACAGAGAAAUAGAGGAGGAAGGGGGACCCCGAAGGAAAGCGCCCCAACUCCGCCGCUUUCUCCACCCAAGAUCGAGAGCAAGAGAAGGGGGAAGCCAUGGAGCUCAAUGCAGGUGGUGUGAUCACUUACAUCAGUUCUUCAAGCUCAGCAUCUAGCCCUGCCUCAUGUCACAGUGAGGGCUCAGAGAGCAGCUUCCAGUCCUCCUCUUCGCCUGUCCCAACAUCUCCAAACAGUUCAUCUUCGGAGAGCAGCUGCAACAUCAAGAACAUAGAAGUCUGUAAAGAAGCCACAAAGGGUGAUCAACUAGAUGAUCGAAUUAAAGCAAACCAGUCAAAUCUAAAAGGACAGAUCAAGGGUCACAGUGGACUUACAAAAUUUAAUGGCAUGGUGCUACUGUGUAAAGUCUGUGGAGAUGUUGCUUCAGGAUUCCACUAUGGCGUCCAUGCCUGUGAAGGCUGCAAGGGUUUUUUUAGAAGAAGCAUUCAGCAAAAUAUCCAAUACAAGAAGUGCCUGAAGAAUAACAACUGCUCCAUAAUGAGAAUGAACAGAAACAGGUGUCAGCAGUGCCGAUUCAAAAAAUGUUUGUCAGUUGGGAUGUCAAGAGAUGCUGUUCGAUUUGGCCGGAUUCCUAAACGUGAGAAACAGAGGAUGCUAAUAGAAAUGCAAAGUGCCAUGAAAACCAUGAUGAAUACUCAAUUCAGUGAUCACUUGCCUAACGAAACAUUAAAAGAUAGUGAAGAACCAGUGAUACUGUUGCCUCAGGAAGAGUUGAACUCCAAAAUGCAACAAGAAGAGGAAACUACCAACCGCACUUCUCCUCCUCCUCCUCUCCUUCUUCCACCUCUUUCUGCUCCCCCCUCUGACAUUGCGAAGGAAGAAGUGAUUGGUAUGGUGACCAGAGCCCAUAAAGAUACCUUUAUGUACAACCAGGAACAAUCAGAAAACCCUCCCAGUGUUGUGCAGUCCCAGAACGGGGAGCGGAUCCUCAAGUACACAGAGCAAUAUAAUUCUAGUGGUGAGCCUGAUCAUGGUGACAUAAGCAGCACCAAUUAUGGUGGGAGUGAGAAACAUUUCAAUGGACAAUACAAAGCGCGAAACAAUAUGCAUUAUCCUAACAUGCGUAACCUUUGCUUCACAAGCAGCAGUUCUAUGAACUUCACUCAUGGCUUUCCCCUGAAAGGUUGCAACAGGAUGCCUGAAAACGGCUUUCCUCCAAAUGAAUCUAUGAAUGCCUACUCUUACAACACUGGAGGCAGGAUGCAUCUGGUUUGUCCGAUGAACAAGACUCCUUUUGUGGAUCCAACUAAAUCUGGUCAUGAAGUUUGGGAGGAGUUUUCUAUGAGCUUUACACCUGCAGUGAAAGAAGUGGUGGAGUUUGCCAAGCGUGUUCCAGGCUUCCGAAACCUUUCCCAGCAUGACCAAGUAAAUCUUCUAAAGGCUGGAACCUUUGAGGUUUUAAUGGUAAGGUUUGCAUCUUUAUUUGAUGCAAAGGAUCGUACUAUCACCUUUCUUAGCGGAAAGAAAUACAGUUUGGAUGAUCUGCGUUCAAUGGGGGCUGGUGAUCUGCUCAACUCCAUGUUUGAGUUUAGUGAGAAGCUAAAUGCCCUGAAUCUUAGUGAUGAAGAAAUGAGCUUGUUUACAGCAGUGGUCCUUGUGUCUGCCGAACGAUCAGGAAUUGAAAAUGUCAACUCCGUGGAGGCGCUGCAGGAGACGCUUAUCCGUGCACUCAGGACCUUAAUCACAAAAAAUCAUCCAAACGAAGCCUCUACAUUUACAAAGUUGCUUUUAAAACUGCCUGACUUGCGUUCCUUGAAUAACAUGCAUUCUGAGGAACUCCUAGCCUUUAAAGUUCACCCGUAGGUUUUUACCUCUUAUUUAUAGAAUGGACUUUCAAUAAACUGUGUGUGUGUGUUUUGUGCUCAAAUGUUUAUUUAUGUCUGUAUGUAAGUCUUGUGGAGGAGGGGAACUUGCUGACAGUUUCAUGGGUAGAUGUUUUGUUAACA